AUGGUCAUACAACAACUGCCUUGGGAAAAUGAAUCAAGCACUACAAUAUUCAUCCUCGUUGGAUUUGGGAAUUUUCCUGAACUACAGAUUCUCCUCUUUGUGCUGUUUCUAACCAUCUAUGUUUUGUCUAUUGUUGGGAACCUCCUAAUAAUUUUAUUAGUUGCAGCAGACCGACAUCUUCACACUCCCAUGUAUUUCUUCCUGAUGAAUUUGUCCAUGCUGGAGGCCUGCUACAUUUCGAACAUCCUUCCCAGGAUGCUGGCCAGUUACCUCACUGGAGAUUCAUCCAUAUCCUUUAGGGGCUGUGUGACCCAGUGGUUUUUCUUUGUUCUCCUGGGAUCCACAGAAUGUUAUCUUCUGGCAAUUAUGUCAUAUGAUCGGUAUUUGGCUAUCUGCAAACCUCUUCAUUAUAUGUUUCUCAUGAAUGGCAGAAUCUGCCUGCAGUUAACUUCCACAACUUGGAUGAGUGGUUUGCUGACCAGCACCAUAACAACUUGCUUUAUAGUUCAACUGACAUUCUGUGGACCUUAUGAAAUUGACCACUUCUUUUGUGACCUAUAUCCAGUCUUGAACCUCUCCUGUAGUGAUCUUUAUGUUAUUAGGAUUGUAGCCUUUGUUCUAGCUUUCUUGGCCACAGUGCCCUCCUUUACACUAAUGCUGAUCUCCUACUUCUGCAUCAUUCUCACUAUCUUGAGAAUGAAAUCCAAAGCUGCACAACAGAAGGCCUUCUCCACUUGCUCAUCGCAUCUCACUGUGGUGAUACUUUUCUAUGGCUCCUUAUUUGUGGUUUAUGUAGUCCCUGAAACAAAUAGACUGAGGGAGCUAAACAAAACCUUCUCUCUGUUCUACACAGUUCUGACUCCCAUGCUCAACCCCCUCAUAUACAGCUUGAGAAACCAAGAGGUGAAGGAAGCUUUUUAUAGAUUGGCCAGGAAAUUCCACAACAGAAUUUCUUAG